AGGGUUGAAGGCCAUAGAAUACUGCAGACACCUUCAAAUUAUAAUGGCGUAUCGGUCGGUUUUUGAUUUGGGAGCGGUCAGAAGUGAAUUUGAGAAGGCGGGAAUCAGCAGUCGAUUCAUCGCUCCCAUAUGGAAGUACGUUCUUCAGAACCCUAAUGUCGAUAUCGACUUCGAUGAAGUUACGUCGCUGCCGUCAGCGGCAUACUCUUUACUUCGUUCCAAGUUUAGAUCCUCCACUUCGACUCUGGAUUCCGUAUUUGAAUCCGAAGACAACGUAACAUCUAAGCUGCUUAUAAGGCUACAGGAUGGAGCUUUUGUUGAAGCUGUGGUUAUGAGAUAUGAUACACGUCUGGGGAGAUACGCUGGAAAACCCCGUCCGGGAGGCCCUAGAUCAACACUCUGUAUUUCAUCCCAGGUGGGUUGCAAAAUGGGUUGUAAAUUCUGUGCAACUGGUAGUAUGGGAUUCAAAAGAAAUCUAUCAUCGGGAGAAAUUGUGGAACAGUUAGUCUAUGCCUCUCGUAUAUCACAUAUACGCAAUGUUGUUUUUAUGGGAAUGGGGGAACCAUUAAAUAAUUAUGCUGCUUUAGUCGAGGCUGUCCAGAUCAUGACAGGAUUUCCGUUUCAACUAUCACCAAAAAGAAUUACAAUAUCAACUGUUGGGAUAAUCCAUGCUCUCAACAAGCUCCAAAAUGACCUCCCCAAUGUGAACUUAGCCAUUUCCCUGCAUGCACCAGUUCAAGACAUUCGUUGUCAGAUAAUGCCUGCAGCUCGAGCUUUCCCACUGGAAAAGCUUAUGGAUACACUACUAGUCUAUCAGAGGAACAGUAAACAGAAAAUCUUCAUUGAAUACAUUAUGCUUGAUGGGGUGAAUGAUGAAGAGCAACAAGCCCACCAACUUGGCAAAUUGCUUCAGACACUUGAAGUGGUUGUGAACUUAAUACCUUUCAAUCCAAUUGGUAUUACGAAUCAAUUCAGAACCAGUAAUGAGCAGAAUGUCCAGAGGUUCCAGAGUGUUCUUAGAGGUUUCUACGGGAUUCGGACAACUAUCCGUAAGCAAAUGGGUCAGGAUAUAAAUGGUGCUUGCGGUCAGUUGGUGGUGAACAUUCCGCAUAAGGGGUCAGUCAGGAGUGCUGAUCUUAUAACUGACAUUGAAGAUCUUCAUAUCUGAUUUUUC